CAGUAGCCAAUCCUCGGCUGUCUUCAGCGGGCGCUCAGAAGCUCAGCCUUCGGCGCUAGGAUCCAGAGGGCAGGGCUUUGAUUUCUCAACUAAUUCCUCUGGCAAAACACGAAAGGCUCAUAUGCACAACUUCCUGGAUAGAGAAGCGGAUUCAAGCGACUGACUUUGUAGAUGCGCGCGCCCGAGAUAGAGAGAGAGGGAGAGAGAGAGAGAACGAGCCGCUAUACAGAAGAGACGAGGACGAGCAUCUGAAAGUGCGUCCGGCUGGGAUUAUUAACUACUUGAUAAUGUAAAGAGAAUGUAAAAAAAGGACGCCACAGACAAGAGAAGUGUGCGCGGAUUGUGGGCUGUCCGAAAUGUCCCACCAAACAGGCGCAAGAUUCGUCGCCUGUCAUUAAACAUCGCCUCGACCACUUGUCAUUAUUUUGGUUCGUCAAGUUUGUGGUGUUUUUUCUUCACUGACGCUCAAUUUUAAUCCGCCAUUCCGGCUCUAAUUGCGCAUUUGGACAUGUGGAGACUGCGAGGACCGUGUCGUUUAGGGAUGUUGUGUUUGACUUUAUCAGCCCUUCUCAUCCAACCCAUCAGCUGUCAUCCCGCUUCACAUGUGGAAACCGUGCGCCGAGGGAGCUCAGCCAAUCAGAGAGAGCGGAGGGCAUCCGGGGAACCCUAUUGGGCAUAUUCAGGCACUUACGGACCUCGGAGAUGGGCCUCGGUUUAUCCAGAAUGUGGGGAAAGGAAUCAGUCUCCAGUGGACAUCCUAGAUCUAGAAACUCAAGUCUCUCAGGAGUGCCAGGAGCUCACGUUGGAUGGCUUCGAAACCAAGUCCUCGAACAGGACCACUAUGAAGAACACAGGCAAAACAGUUUCUAUUGUUCUGAAGAAUGAUUACUUUGUGAGAGGAGCAGGCCUUCCUGGACGCUUCAAGGCCGAAAAGGUGGAGUUUCACUGGGGCAGCACCAAUGGUUCGGCUGGUUCUGAGCACAGCAUCAAUGGAAAGAAGUUUCCAGUAGAAAUGCAGAUUUAUUUCUACAAUUCGGAUGACUUUGACAGUCUGAGCACCGCCAUAAAGGAGAGACGAAUCAUCGCUGCCAUGGCUGUCUUCUUUCAGGUGGCGAAGAAAGACAAUAUCGCAGCUGAGCCCAUCAUCGCUGGUCUCAAACGGGUUGUCCAUCACGAAAAGGAAACAAACCUGGGUUCGUUCAUACUGAGGGAUCUCUUGCCAUCAUCUUUGGGCAGUUAUUACCGCUACACUGGCUCGCUCACAACACCUCCGUGCAGUAAAGUGGUGGAGUGGAUCAUCUUCAGUCGACCUGUUUACCUGUCCUAUCACCAGCUGGAGGCGUUUUACUCCAUCUUCACCACAGAGCAGCAGGAUCAUGUGAAGUCUGUGGAUUACCUGAGGAAUAACCAUCGGCCCAUUCAAGAUCUCGACAGCCGGCGAAUCUUCAAAUCGGCUCUAAUGGACGCCUGGAUGCCCGAGCUCAUGACAGACAGCAUGGCCAGUGCCGCAGACACAGAAACAUCUCGAGUCUGCAGCAGCAUCCCUGACAACAUGAAGUUGCAUCCGCUGAACAGAACAGCUCUGGUGUUGACCUGGGACCGACCCUCAGCCGUCUACCACCCACCUAUUGUCGGCUUCCUUGUCUCCUACAGCUGGGUGAAGGAUGAAAUGCCAUUCGAGAAGACCUUCACGCAGAGCAGCGAACACAGCACGAGGGCAGUCAUCACACUCGUGUCUCCAGAUGUCCUGUAUCUCUUCAGAGUGCAAGCUUUGUGUCAGAGAGACCAGCGCAGUGACUUCAGCCAGACUCUUCUAUUCAAAGCAAACACCACAAGGAUAUUCGAAGGCACAAGGAUUGUGAAAACCGGAAUGCCGACAGUUUCUCCAGCCUCAUCUGCAGAUAUGGCCCCCAUCAGCUCGGGCUCUUCAACCUGGACGUCGGCCGGCCUCCCCUUCUCCUUCGUCUCUAUGGCCACGGGAAUGGGUCCACCAUCCAGUGGAGGGCAAGCCACCGUCGCUUCUGUGGUGACCAGCACACUAUUAGCGGGCCUGGGCUUCAGCGGCAGCGUCAUUUCAUCCCUUCCUGGAUCCUUCUGGCCGACACAUUCAACAAACACAGGCCCAUCACCCACUCAACAUCCAGCCUCUCCGACAGCCGAAAACAGCCCAUCUGAAGACAGCACCGACACUCAGAACAAAAUUGAGGAAGAAGAAGAGCAUAAGAAAGAGGACGACGAAGAGGAGGAGGAGGAAGAUAAAGAAGAGGAACAGAGAGAUGAGGAGAAGAAGAAGAAGAAGGGGAAAGAUGUGACAGUCAAGGAUAAAAAGCAGGCAGCGCAAAAGCCCACAGUUCCAAUACCGACAUCUAAACACAGAGAUCGAGAGAGAGCAGACGCUGAGGGCUCCACACUGGCCCCUGCUGGAGUGGAGGAGCAGUUUUCUGGAGCCACUGAGAGGCCGGAUGCUGAGGAUUCGACAAAAGUGACAUGGCAGGACGAUAAUGACAUGCAGAUUCCCUCCAGCUCUACAGAAAGCAGCAAACUGAGCGAUGAGGAGAAGGCAAAUUGGCCAUACUACAUUCACACUGAGAGAAACAGCAUCUCCACCGUCAGCCGGGACCCAGUGUCGUCCUCCAGCCGGAUGGAGUGGAUCAUCCCUCUGAUGGUGGUCUCUGCCCUCACUCUGCUCUGUCUCAUCAUGCUGCUGGCCGUCCUGGUCUACUGGAGGAGAUUCUUCCAGACGGCACAUUUCUAUAUUGAAGACAGAAACUCCCCCAGAGUGAUCCGCAAUGACAGCUUCCCCAUCAUCUCUACAGCCGAUGACCUGGAGGCCAUGCCAGUCCGGCAGUUCAUCAAACACAUCAUGGAGCUUCACUCCAACAACCGGCAUGGCUUUUCUCAGGAGUUCGAUGAAGUCCAACACUGCACAUCAGAAAUGAAGAUCACAGCAGAACACUCCAAUCACCCAGAAAACAAGCACAAAAACAGAUACAUCAACAUCGUAGCCUAUGAUCACAGCAGAGUGAAGUUACAGCAACUGUCUGGGAAAGACUCCAAGCACAGUGACUACAUCAAUGCCAACUAUGUGGACGGUUAUAAACGAGCCAGGGCUUACAUCGCGGCUCAAGGCCCUCUCAAGUCCACGUUUGAGGACUUUUGGAGAAUGAUCUGGGAACAGAACACCACUGUGAUUGUCAUGAUCACAAAUUUAGUGGAGAAAGGCAGGAGGAAAUGUGAUCAGUAUUGGCCGUCGGAGAACAGCGAGGUGUAUGGAAACAUAAUGGUGACUCUGAAGAGCACUAAAGUUUACGCUUACUACACACUCCGACAUUUCAUCAUACGCAACAGCAAACUGAAAAAGGGUCAGAAGGGAAGGCAGAAUGAGCGUCUGGUGCUUCAGUAUCAUUACACACAGUGGCCAGACAUGGGAGUUCCUGAAUACACUUUACCAGUCCUCAAAUUCAUCUGUCGCUCUGCAGUGACGCACACAUCCAGCACAGGCCCCGUUCUGGUGCACUGCAGUGCUGGAGUGGGCAGAACAGGCACAUAUAUAGUGAUCGACAGCAUGUUGAAGCAGAUAAAGGACAGAGGCAGUGUCAAUGUCCUGGGAUUCCUGAAACACAUCCGAGAGCAGAGAAACUACCUGGUCCAGACCGAGGAGCAGUUUAUCUUCAUCCAUGACGCAUUAAUGGAAGCAGUGCUCAGUAAAGACACUGAGGUUUCAGCCUGGCAGCUCCACACGUACACGAACAGCCUCCUGACGCCGAGCCCCACAGGACACACACGCAUGGACAAACACUUUAAGUUGUUGACGCAGUGCAAUGCUCAGCUCGCCGAGUGUUUGAGUGGCCAGAAAGACUGUAAUAAAGAGAAGAACCGCACAUCCGCCGUCCUGCCAACUGAACGGGCUCGUGUGGCGCUCUCUCCUCUUCCAGGCCUGAAGGGAACAGACUACAUCAAUGCCUCUUACAUCAUGGGUUAUUACAGGAGCAACGAGUUCAUCGUUACCCAGCAUCCUUUGCCUCACACCACCACCGACUUCUGGAGGAUGAUUUGGGAUCAUAAUGCGCAGGUUAUCGUGAUGCUGCCGGAUAACCUCGGCCUUACUGAGGAUGAGUUUGUGUACUGGCCCAGCCGAGAGGAGCCCAUGAACUGCAUAGCCUUCACUGUCACCCUCAUUAACACCGACAGACUCUGCUUGUCCAAUGAGGAACAGCUCAUCAUCCACGACUUCAUCCUGGAAGCCACACAGGACGACUAUGUGCUAGAAGUCCGACAUUUCCAGUGUCCGAACUGGCCGGAUCCAGAUGCCUCCAUCAGCAGCACAUUUGAGCUUAUCAACAUCAUCAAAGAAGAGGCAAUGACACGGGACGGUCCCACCAUCGUGCAUGAUGAGUUUGGGGCAGUCUCUGCUGGGACGUUCUGUGCUCUGACAACACUUUCUCAGCAGCUGGAGAACGAGAGCGCUGUGGAUGUCUAUCAAGUGGCCAAAAUGAUCAACCUCAUGAGGCCUGGUGUCUUCACUGAAAUCGAGCACUAUCACUACCUUUACCAGGCAAUGCUCAGCCUUGUCAGCAGUAAAGACUUCAGACUUGGCUUCAACUACAUGGACAAAAUCGCUGGAAAAGCGGAUGAAUCCAACCAGGCUGAGAGCAUGGAGUCUUUGGUGUGAAGUUUCCGGAAAAUGAAACGGAACAAAGUGGUUCCUUGAACUUUCCAUGAGGCCUUUUUUUCCCCAGACUCUUGGUGAAAUGAAAAAAUAAAAGAACAACAAAAAAGAGCUUUUAUAUACUGAUAAAAAUAAAUUCUUUUGAUAUUUAUUUUUGCUGCUUUUUGUUAUCCUGCUGAGCGCCACAAUCUGCUCUCCAAAAAACACAUGCACACGCACACACUGAUAAACACACACACACACACACGCACCAUCUUCUUUGCACUACACUGUCAGUGUUACUACUUGAUGCCUAGCUGAUUAUUGAUAAUUGUGUUGAUGAUGUUUUUUUUGAGUAUCACUUUAUUGUUGCCGAUAAAGUCUACAGACAUGUGAGGGUGAUCAGCGACAGCACAUUAACACACACAUCAGCCUCAUACCCAUACAAAACUGUACACAGAACAGCUCUUAAUGCUCAUCAUGAUGCGACUUUUAACCGUCAAGCAUUGUGACUUGUUAGAUUAAUAUGUUCUUUUUUUUUAUUUAUUAUUAAGAUAUGCCAUUUUAUGUCUAACUUAUAUACAUUAUUUCAGUGUGGUAUCAUAACAGCAACUGUGAACAUAUAUUGUUAUCAGUAGCAUUUCUAU